GCGACUUAUCCCACGCCCCGUGGAUCCGGCCCCACAUCACCAUGAGAAGGAUAAACCAGGAGCUCAGAGCGGAAUCGAUCCCGGGUGGCUCAUUGCUGACCUCGUGAGAGGCACACCCUGGAAAUCGCUCCACCACCUGAGCUUAGCCCUGGGGGCCCUUUUGCAAGCUUCUUUGCAUCUCGGCCUACCUUCCCUCGACGAUUGGCCCUUGCUCGCGUUCGUAUUGAUAGCUUAGAAUAUAAUUUUUCUCUCAAGUUGAAUGAAGCUGACGCGGAAUAAGAAUCCCAAACUCAACGCACAGGACUACCUUUACUUUUCCAUUCAAAUGGGCGAGCAAACAGCACAAAUCCCACAAACGUUCUAACUUCUAAUUGAUUUUGCUCGCAUCCUACCGCCUCACCACAAUGUCGAAUCUGAGUUUCCUCAAUUUCCAUUACGGAGUUUCAAAAACGCCCAACCCAAACCCACGAACCCCGAGCUUUUCAAAGGCAACACAGAGACCCAACUCCUCAAAAUCUAAUUCCCACCGCCCAAUUAACAUCAAAGCUCAGGAUUUGAAAUGCGUGUUCGACAAAUUCGACACGAACAGGGACGGGAAGAUCUCGCCGGAGGAGUACAAGUCGGCGAUGAGGGCUCUGGGCAAAGGGGAGGCAGAGAUAGAGGGGUUCCGGGCCAUGGACUCCGACGGAGAUGGGUUCGUGGACUUCGACGAGUUCGUGGAAAUGUACGGCGCCGGAGGGGUGACGGCCGGCGAGAUGGAGCGCGCGUUUCGAGUGUUCGAUUUGGACGGGGAUGGGAAGAUAAGCGCGGAGGAAUUGAGGGAGGUAUUGAGGGGGUUGGGGGAGAGGUGCAGCUUGGGGGAUUGCAGGAAAAUGGUGAGAGGGGUGGACAAGAACGGGGAUGGGUUAAUAGACUUGGAUGAAUUCCUGGUCAUGAUCGGGCACUCACUGAAAGUAGCUUGAAAUCUUGGAAGCAUGCUCAUUGCUCUGAUUUUCUGGUUUUCAAAUUUUAUUCUUAGCUUGUUUCGCGAAUGUAUCUCUAAAUAACAUUCUUCUUUCCUCUA